AUGAGUACAAGAAUAAUAUGGCUACGUAAUAUCAAUAAUUCCGAACUUCUCAAUAACAAUACAAAUACUACUACUAUAUCUGAUUAUCGUUAUAUAAAACUUAUUAUUUUAUUAUCUUGUCAAAUAAUAUCAAUUCUAUGUUCUCUAUUUAUAUUUGUUAAUAUUAUACAUCAACCAUUAAAAUUUAUAAAACCAAUAGGAAAUCAUUUUAUUUUCGUUUUAUUAAUAACAAGUUUUAUUCAAGUAACAACGGAAUUAUCUAUGGUAGAAAGUUAUCUACGUACUGGUAUUGUACAACCAUCCAAUAAUAGUUAUUGUCUAUUUUUUAAUUGGUAUGAAUUUUCUUUAAAUGGUAUUAGUUUAUUUGUUAUGUUUUGGGCAACAAUUGAACGUCAUAUUCUAAUUUUUACUAGAUCUAUUUAUCAAAUUCGAUGGAAAUGUAUUGUUUUUCAUUAUUUACCGCUUAGUAUAGCAACAUUAUAUACACCAACAUUCUAUGGUUAUGUGAUUUUUAUAUAUAAUUGUGCUAAUACUUGGGAUUAUUAUGAAUUACUUUGUACUUCGCCAUGUUUUUAUCAAAAUAAAAUUCUUGGUAGUAUAGAUUGGUUAAUAAAUAUAAUUAUACCAGCAUUUUCAAUUGUUUUAGUAAAUAUAAUAUUAAUAAUUCGAGUAACAUGUCGUUCAACUAGUGUAAGAAUUACUAUUCAACGAAAAAAAAAGAAUCGAAAAAUGACUGUACAAUUACUUGUAAUUUCAUCACUUUUUCUUAUAUUUUGGUUACCAAUUGCAAUUACAGGUUUAAUUCAACAAUAUUUUUCUCCAACAUUUUUAAUUGAUAUUCAAUUUAAUAUAUUUUUUUAUUUAAUUUAUUUUAUUCAAUUAUUUCUUCCGUUUGUUUGUUUAAUUUCUUUACCAGAAUUAAAAAAAGUGAUUCGUGUUAAAUUACAUAAAUGGCGAAGACGAAAUUUAAUAAUUGAUGGAGCAAGUUUACAAAUGGCUACAAUCGGUUAA